ACAACUAUUGUGUCGGCGCUUAUCGAGAUUUCCAUUCAUUGAAGCAGUUGGAUUGAGUCCGGCAUACUUGGAGGAGCAUAAACGUGUGCUGCACAUACCACUUCAUCAUCUUCCAGUCGCUGCACUAGCUUUUGUUGAAGGUUUCUUCGGGAACAAGAACGCCAGCGGCGCCAAUGUGGGCGGUCCCACGGUUCCACGGCCCCACCUCCGCAGGUCGCAUGAUCCAGCAGUGAUGAACAACUGUCUGUGGCUUUUACCGAGAUGUCUGGCGCUUAUUGAAGCAGUACUUGGCAUUGGUACAGCAUACUUGGAGGAGCAUAGGUCAGUGUGCUGCACGCAACACUUACAUCAUCUUCGAGUCGCUGUACUAGCAUUUGUCACAAAGAAGAUCGAGGUACACAGUUUUUCUGACGCCAUGACCAAGGAAGACCUGAGGGCACCGACUGUCAAAAUGUCUAGCUACUGGAACCGGCAAAUCUGUUUGGCGUGCUUUACGUUGGUUUUAAUGGCGGCGGGGUUUGCGGCUGUCUACUGUGGAGUAAAAUUUGGGUUGACCGGUGAAAACGGAUUAGAUGGGGUGAAUGUCACGUCUGUUGAGGAUGGUGUUUCGGUUACCCCACGUCCCGCAGAAAUCAAUCCGUCAACGCCCUUCACAACAAAUUUCACGCAACUUGAAAACAAUUCAACAACACAUUCCAAUGAAAACGUGCCCUACGUCACAGACAUACCUGCGUCAUCGUCCACUCAAUGUAUUCCACGUAACGAAACCUUCUGCAGCAAUCACAUCAAUUACACCCAUACGUUUUAUCCAAAUUUUGCGGGAGACAAGUCCGAACAUGAUUUCCUUGGUAGCUGGGCAUUCCUCCAGACCAUCAUCGAUUCCCUUUGUCACCCAAGGAUUGAAGAAUUUAUCUGCCUAGCAGCACAACCUGAAUGUCGUCUAGAUGGCAAAAGCAUAGGUCCCUGUCGUAAACUUUGCCACGAAAUUGCAAACGCCUGCGAUCCUUAUUUUUGGUCUGUAUUGGAAAAAGAGAAAAUCCUGUUCAACUGCGACGAGCAAUACGUUGACUCGACCGAUCAGAAUUUGUGCCUUAGUUAAGUGCCCAUCACGUCAGGCUACGUCAGUGUCGAAAUCUAGUAAUUUAAAUUAAUUCUUGACCAUUACCGGAAAGAAGAAAUCAUCAUUUUGAAUAUAGUAUAGUCAUUUUAGCUUUUGUAAAAAACUCCCCUGGGGAGUUUUUUUUGUAAUGGUUAUAACUUUUUUACUGUGUUAUAUUCAUAAGAUAUAAUUAAUACAAAAUAAACUAGGUUAUAUUGGCUACAAAACUAGACUAUUUGGGGAUUUUUAGGUUAUUAAGUUUUUAUGUAGCAUCAAUUUUAACAAGACGCGUAGCGCCAUAAGCACCGUGUUAAACACGGCGAAAAAAUUUCGACGCGGAAACCAAUUUCAGUAACUUUAAAAUUAAAAAAAAAAUAGUAAAUCUACACAAAAAACAUUUAAAUUAGAAACACACGUUUAUUAACACAUACAGUUUGAUUACAUGUAAUAAAAACAAAAAAAAAUUUUAAAUUACACCCCCAUUUCUUAUUUUCUAAUUUUUAAUUGAAAAUUUAUAUGUGAUCCCUACGUACGAUUUUUGAAUUUUUUUACACACUUACUUAAAAAGUAUGUCGAAAUAGUGCUCAUUAAUAAAACUUCUCAUUACUAAUUUUUUGAGGUACACCCCCCUUUUUUGGCUAGAAUGACUAUACUAAUAAGGCAUGAAGAAAAGACAACAAUCUGGUUUACAAGUAGCACAAGUUGGAGGGCAUAAAGUACUUGAUAACAUUCCUGCCAUGAUUGACUUUCAAUCCAUGGCAGAAGUUCCUGGGAACACAUCACAUAAUUUUCACCACACUAACUGAUUUUUCCAUUCAUUUAACUAUUAUUACAUUUCUGAAUUCCUAUCUCUACUUAAGUGACCUUCUACUUUUCUUCCGUUGUGCCUUUUUGUGUCCCCCAUCCCAAGUCUUAUGAGACCUCGUUUCCGUUACGAUUUUCAUAGCUGUAGAAAUGGCGCCAAGAAUGUUCAUCUUUUUUGAAAAAUAAACAAGAACAUUACCUUUCCUU